GCAUAAUUAAGUAUUCUUUAUUUGUCUUUUUGCUAUGCCUUUAAUGACCCAUACUAGGGCUACACUGACUUAUGGAGAAUGGCCAUAAGCAAUCUACCACCUCUACGAAACCUUCCGAACUGGUCUCGCGUCGGUACCUUGGACAAGACCCGAUCCCUGCGACUGUUCCAUAGAGACCGCACCCCCAAUGCUCCGCUUCCGGACAGUCCUGUUACCGUUAAAGCACCAGCAUUCCCCUCGGCCCCUAGCAUGGACUCUGAUGUGAGCAGAAUCGCGUUGCUGGAGAAAGAUGUCAGCUUCUUACAACAGCAGCACAGAGAGACGCUGGGAAAGCUACACCAGGAGAUUGAUUCACUAAAACGGGAAAAUAAAGAAUUACAGUAUAAACUGAUCAUGGAAAGUCAUCACCUGCCCAAACAAGAGAGUCUUCACUCAGCCUCCUACGCUCGGCAAGCCAGCAGUGGGAGUGAACACGACUCCUCUCAGUGUCCUGACGUGCCCUCUGCGUUCUACCGAUCCCAUGGGUCGGAUAGCGCCUCGACCUCAGCUGCUGACCCUGACGCUGGGAUUGGCCCUGUGGUCUCUCUCCAGCCCCUGCGUGUCCAGAGCGGGCCAUCGGAGCUGCCGCACGCCCCCAGCCUCCCCGAGUGUGAGCACGUCAUUCAGCAGCUCUGCCACGCCAACCAGCUGCAGGCCCAGGAGCUGCUGCAGCUGAGGGCCAUCCUGAAGGACAUGGUCCAGAGCAGGAGGAGGGUGUCUGCUGAAGGCGUGUCCCAAACAAAGGCCUACCUCUCCGACUGCCCAAGGGAAGGAUCAGAGAGGUUUCCAAAGAUUGCUCAAAAGCCAGCAGCAAAAAGGCCGGCUCAGGUCCAGACGAGUGUGGGAGAGAGGCUGGUGCUGCCCUCCAUCAGACCGAGCUGCAACAACCUGACCGAGAGGGAGAGGAGAGCACAGGACAUCCACAAGACUCGUGUCCGCAAGGCUGUCCACUCAUGAUCACACACACACACACACACACACACACACACACACACACACACACACACACACACACACACACACACAC